AUGCUAAGAAGAACUAACCAACUGAGUCUUGCGAGCAGACUAUUCAGCGGGGCUGCUUCUAGAAUGAUGUCUGCUCCUUUGGAAUCCAGCAAGCUACAGAUCCGUUCCACUACAAAGCCUUCGACUCCCAAAAAUAACGAAGACUUGGGGUUUGGCAAAACUUUCACAGACCACAUGUUGGCCGUUGAAUGGACCCAAGAAAAGGGCUGGGGUGCGCCUGAGAUCAAGCCAUAUGGUAACCUAAGUCUAGAUCCAUCUUGUGCCGUUUUCCACUACGGAUUCGAACUCUUCGAGGGUCUUAAGGCUUACAGAACUCCAGACAACAAAAUUACGAUGUUCAGACCUGACAAGAACAUGGAGCGUUUGAACAAGUCCGCUGCACGAAUCUGUCUGCCUACCGUCGACGGUGAAGAGGUCAUCAAGCUCAUGGGCAAAUUGAUCGAACAAGACAAGCACUUGGUGCCAAAGGGCCAGGGUUACGCCUUGUACCUCAGACCAACCAUGAUCGGAACCACCGCAGCGUUGGGUGUUUCCGCACCAGACAGAGCCCUUCUGUUCGUGAUUGCAUCUCCUGUGGGACCUUACUACAAGACCGGUUUCAAGGCUGUCAGACUCGAAGCCACUGACUACGCUACCAGAGCCUGGCCCGGUGGUUGCGGUGACAAGAAACUGGGUGCCAACUACGCCCCAUGUGUUUUGCCUCAAAAGCAGGCUGCCGAGAGAGGUUACCAGCAAAACCUAUGGCUCUUUGGCCCCGAAAAGUACAUCACCGAAGUCGGCACCAUGAAUGUGUUUUUCGUCUUCAAGGAUGCUAAGACAGGCAAGAAAGAGUUGGUCACUGCUCCAUUGGACGGUACCAUCUUGGAAGGUGUUACUAGAGACUCCAUUUUGACUCUAGCCGAGCAAAACUUGAGCUCCGACGAAUGGACGAUCUCUGAGCGCUACUUCAGCAUCAAGGAAGUUGAGGAGAGAGCUGCUAAGGGUGAAUUGGUCGAGGCUUUUGGUGCCGGUACUGCCGCCGUCGUGUCUCCAAUCAAGGAAAUCGGCUGGAACGGUAAGGACAUCAACGUUCCUUUGCAAGAUGGAAAGCAGAGCGGCCCUCUCACUGAAACAAUUGCCAAAUGGAUUGCUGACAUUCAAUACGGCAACGUCAAGCACGGCAACUGGUCUCGCGAGGUUACAGGGCCCUUGUAA